UCUCUGGACCUACUUUUCAUUAGAUUCUAUGAUUUUGAUGGAGACGGUUGCAUCACGAAGCGAGAAAUGUUGGUCGUAAUAUCCGCGAUUUAUGAGAUGGUGCAGGACGCGCAGACCAUCCAGCCCGCAGUUAACAUCCAAGUGGACAAGUUCUUCAAGGAGAUGGACACAGACAGAGACGGAAUAGUCACCAGGGAGGAAUUCAUAAGCGGUUGUAAAAAUGAUACCAUUAUAUACAACCAGUUGAGUUUAUUUAUUUAAUAAGAUUUGGUGACCGAAUGAAAACGUCCUUCAGAGAUUAACGAGCAAUUUAUCCACACACGCGUAAAGCCAUUAAAAUACUUGUAAAAA